ACUUUCUCCCCCUCUCCCUUCCCCUCCCCUUUCCUUCUCCUCCUCCUCCUCCUCCUCCUCCUCCUCCUCCUCCUCCAGCUCAGGUUGCAGCUUCUCUCCGGAGCCGCUCACCUUCCCGGAGUGGAGGAAGCGGCCCAAAGCCCAACAGGGACCCCAGCGGGGCUCAGGGCGCCGGGCGCAGGGCUCAGGGCACUGCGCGCAGCCCCCGGGCGCCGGGCUGUGACUGGCGGGAGCCGGCGCGCCGUGACCCAGGACGCGCGCAGUAAGUCCCGCGGGGUGCGGCGCGGCGGGCGGCGCCGAGAGGAGGUCGGAGCGAGGGGCACCGCGGCGCCCGGGCGCAGAGCAAAGGAUCCCCACACUGCCUGGCCCUUGAUGAUCAUGAACAAGAUGAAGAACUUUAAGCGUCGGUUCUCACUGUCUGUGCCCCGCACAGAGACCAUUGAGGAGUCUUUGGCUGAAUUCACAGAGCAGUUCAACCAGCUCCACAACCAGAGGAAUGAGGACCUGCAGCUCGGUCCUCUUGGCAGAGACCCCCCGUUGGAGUCCAGCGCCUUCUCCCCCACAGAUGGUGGGGAGGAGCCUGGGCAACUGUCCCCCGGCAUACAGUACCGGCGACGGCAGAACCAGCGCCGCUUCUCCAUGGAGGACAUCAGCAAGAGGCUCUCUCUACCCAUGGAUAUCCGCCUGCCUCGGGAGUUCCUGCAGAAGUUACAGCUAGAGAGCCCAGACCUGCCCAGGCCACUCAGCCGCAUGUCCCGCCGAGCCUCCUUGUCAGAUAUCGGCUUUGGGAAACUGGAAACAUAUGUGAAGCUGGACAAGCUGGGGGAGGGCACCUACGCCACAGUCUUCAAGGGGCGCAGCAAGCUGACAGAGAACCUGGUGGCCCUGAAGGAGAUCCGGCUAGAGCAUGAGGAGGGGGCGCCCUGUACUGCCAUCCGAGAGGUGUCACUGCUGAAGAAUCUGAAGCAUGCCAACAUCGUGACCCUACAUGACCUCAUCCACACAGACCGGUCCCUCACACUAGUGUUUGAAUACUUGGACAGUGACUUGAAGCAGUAUCUGGACCACUGUGGAAACCUCAUGAGUAUGCACAACGUCAAGAUUUUUAUGUUCCAGCUACUCCGGGGCCUGGCCUACUGUCACCGGCGCAAGAUCCUGCAUCGGGACCUGAAACCCCAGAACCUGCUCAUCAAUGAGAGGGGCGAGCUGAAACUGGCUGACUUUGGACUGGCCCGGGCCAAGUCAGUGCCCACAAAGACCUAUUCCAAUGAGGUGGUGACCCUGUGGUACAGGCCCCCCGAUGUGCUGCUGGGAUCCACAGAGUACUCCACACCCAUUGACAUGUGGGGCGUGGGCUGUAUUCACUACGAGAUGGCCACAGGGAGGCCCCUCUUCCCAGGCUCCACAGUCAAGGAGGAGCUGCACCUCAUCUUUCGCCUCCUGGGGACCCCGACAGAAGAGACGUGGCCCGGCGUGACAGCCCUUCCAGAAUUCCGAGCCUACAACUUCCCUGGGUACCUGCCGCAGCCGCUGCUCAGCCAUGCCCCCAGGUUGGAUACUGACGGCAUCAACCUUCUGACCGGCCUCCUCCUGUAUGAAUCCAAGAGCCGCACAUCAGCAGAGGCAGCCCUGAGUCACCCCUACUUCCGGUCUCUGGGAGAACAUGUGCACCAGCUUGAGGACACUGCCUCCAUCUUCUCCCUGAAGGAGAUCCAGCUCCAGAAGGACCCAGGGUAUCGUGGCUUGGCCUUCCAGCACCCAGGACGAGGGAAGAACCGGCGGCAGAGCAUCUUCUGAGCUGUGCCCUCUCUGCUGCGGCAUAAGGGACGUGAGGUCAUGUGAAACGCAGAUUCCAGUAGGAUGAGACCUGUGUGGCUAUAGGAGGACCAAGGAACAAGAGCUAGUGGCCAACCUGGAAGACUGGGCAGCCCUGGGUGCAGCUGUCUCCUCUCCCUGCUUCACACACGACCUCCCUGGUGACCUAUACCUGGACAUCAACCCUCCGUCACUCCCAUGGGGCUGGGAGUGAGCUGCUCCCCUGAGAGGAGGCGAGGGUCAGGGAGAAGGCUCAGACCGUCUCCCAGCCUGAAGUGCAUGGGCAUGGGAAAAUCCCAGUGCCGUGCUUGGCCUGGAUGUGGGCUGGACCACGCCUCCCCAGGGCCUGCUCACCUCUCCAGGCUGGCAGGCCUCCCUCUGCCCCCAGGAGCCUGCCCACAUUUCUCUUCCUUCCUCUCUGAAAGCAAGAAGGGACAUGGCAUCUUGUGUGGGACUCAAGGGCAGAUGUCCCCGGCACAGCAGAAGACACAGUAGUCCUGUCUUCUCUGUCCCCGCGGUCUUUUCCUCCCUCCUCACCAGAGGUCACUUGUGCCCUUUGGGCCAAGGCUGAGCAGCGAGGGUGCCAGCUGCCCCUGGAGGUGGUGUGGGCCCAGCAGCAUUCCCCACCUCCCCAUCUAGAUGAAGUUGCCUUAACUUGGCAGGUGGUAGAGUGCAUGCUGCCCUUGGAGCUCCGAUCCAGCUCCUGCCAGCCCGCUUUCUGAGCUCUGCUGUGCCUGUCUUAUCCCCAAGUACUGAUAAGUCAGGCCGGGGGGAGGAGGGGCAGCGUCCUGAGAGAGGCGCCCAGACAUUGGGGUCACCCUGACAUUGGUGCCAGGCCAACUUUGGUGCCUUGGCGCUGACACAGCCCCCCGUCCCUCUGCCCCAGCCCUGUGGCUCUGUCCUCGUGAUCCAGGCACCAGUGUGCUCAGAAGGUGAUCAUGAGAGGAAGAGGUGUGAAUGCUGCAGCCCAGGGGAAAGGAAGUGGGGAGGGAGCAGUUGGAUGCUAAGAGCCCAGAAGAGGACCCCUCCUCAGCACCUGGUGUUCCCAAGGCCACCUCAGCCUGGCCAGAUCCUAGAGCAGAGGCCUGGCUUCCUCCACAAGCCCCGCCCCAGCCCAAUGCCCUCAGCCUAAGGAGCUGGGUGGUGGUAGGGGCCUGGGCUCCCCAAGCCCUCCUUCCCCCUCAACUGUACUGUGAAUGUCCUGUGACUCUCAGCACAAAGACAGAUAAUAUAUUUAAUUCAUGUUG